AUGGAAGACACUGAACAGACUGCGUGUUGGUGUAGGACGGACAAAAGAAAAUAUGAGAAAAUGGGGAUAUGGAGAGCAAGACAUAACUUGCAUAUGUGGACAAGAGCAGACAACGUCACACCUACUUGUCUGCCCAAGAGGGCCAAGCCCAUGUACACAAGAGGACCUUAUGAUAAGCAACAAGAGGGCGGUAAAUACAGCCAUAUACUGGACAAAAGAAAAGAUAUAAUUAGUAUGCAAUACUUGUUACCAUUAUAUUAG